CACAGUACACACCUCAUUCUUAUCUCUCUCAAUGCAACAGCUUAAAGCCUGCUUUUUCCUUCAUCAUUGAGGCUCAUUACUACUGCACCCAUUGAUCCCUUCAAUCAUCUCAUUUAUGUACUCUCUUCCCCUUCUCUGCAACAACCACCUUAACUGCCACCUCUUUUCCUAUCAAAUGGCACCCAAAGCUAUUUUUCUCCUCCUAGUCUUACUUAGUUUCAUGUUUUGUUCUUCUCAAGUUAUAACAGAUGAUCAUCAGUUUAAGUUCUUCAACGCCAUGAAAGCUUCUCUAUCAGGAAAGGCCUUAUCUGAUUGGGACAUGAGAGGGAAUAGUUACUGCAAUUUCACUGGAGUUACCUGCAAUGAUAAAGGGUACGUUGAACGCAUUAACCUCUCAGACUGGUCACUCUCCGGAUAUUUUCCAGCCGACGUGUGCUCGUAUCUGCCGGCUUUGCGGGUUCUUGAUAUCAGCCGCAACAAUCUCCAUGGGAACUUUCUCAACAGUGUUGUCAACUGUUCUCUCUUGGAAGAGUUCAAUAUAAGUUCUGUUUCACUAAGGGAAACACUUCCUGAUUUCUUCAGAAUGACAUCGUUACGUGUUCUUGAUUUGUCAUACAAUUACUUUCGAGGCGAUUUUCCCAUGUCGAUAACUAAUCUUACCAAUCUUGAAGAGCUCUACUUUAAUGAAGUUGAUGAAAUGAACUUAUGGCAACUUCCAGAGAACAUCUCAAGGCUGAAAAAACUCAGAGUUAUGGUCUUAACGACAUGCAGGUUGUAUGGCCCGAUCCCAAGAUCGAUAGGAAACAUGACCUCACUUGUUGAUCUUGAAUUGAGUGGGAAUUUCCUUUCAGGUCAGAUUCCAAAGGAGCUUGGUUUGCUUAAGAACUUGGAACAGCUUGAACUUUAUUACAAUCAGCACCUAUCGGGGACAAUACCCGAAGAACUGGGAAACCUGACAAAGCUCGGAGACUUGGACAUGUCAGUCAACAUGUUGACUGGAUCCAUUCCAGAUUCUAUAUGUCGACUUCCCAACCUUCGAGUUCUUCAACUUUAUAACAACAGUCUUACAGGAGAAAUCCCUGGCGUUAUUGCAGAUUCCACAAAAUUGACCCUCCUUUCACUCUAUGGAAAUUUCCUUUCGGGGGAACUUCCACAAAACAUGGGGAAGACGUCACCAUUGAUUGUUCUUGACUUGUCUGAAAACAACUUUUCAGGUCCAUUGCCAGCUGAGAUUUGUCAAGGAGGUAAAUUGCUGUAUUUGCUUGUCUUAGCUAACAAGUUUUAUGGGAAGUUGCCUGAAAGUUAUGCAAACUGUAAGUCUCUUAUUCGGUUUCGAGUUAGUAAUAAUCAUUUGGAGGGUUCAAUACCAGAAGGAAUUCUAGGCCUCCCUCAUGCUUCAAUCAUUGACUUGGGUGACAAUGAUUUUACUGGUCCUUUUCCAAGUUCAAUUGAAAAUGCUAGGAACUUAUCUGAACUGUUCUUGCAGAACAAUAAGUUGUCUGGUUUUUUGCCUUCUGAAAUCUCUAGAGCUAUUAAUCUGGUGAAGCUUGAUCUCAGUAACAAUCUCCUGUCUGGUUCAAUACCUUCAGAGAUUGGCAAUUUGAGGAAUCUCAAUUUACUUAUGUUGCAAGGUAACAAGUUUGGUUCCUCAAUCCCCACUUCACUUUCUUUACUGAAAUCACUCAAUGUUCUUGAUCUUUCAAACAAUCGUUUGACUGGGAAAAUCCCCGAGAGUCUCAGUGAUUUGUUGCCAAAUUCCAUCAACUUUUCAAACAAUCAACUUUCUGGACCAAUCCCUCUUUCAUUGAUUAAAGGAGGGUUGGCUGAAAGCUUUUCAGGCAAUCCAGGUCUUUGUGUUCCAGUCCAUGUCCAAAAUUUCCCCAUAUGUCCACAGAUUUACAACCAAAAGAAGGUAAAUUCAAUGUGGGCAAUCAUAGUUGCAGCCAUUGUCAUCACCAUUGGAACUCUCCUGUUUCUUAAACGACUUUUAAGUAAACAGAGAGCUGUAAUAGAACAUGAUGAGACCUUAUCUUCAUCAUUCUUUUCAUAUGAUAUGAAGAGUUUCCAUAGAAUAUAUUUUGACCAACAUGAGAUCCUUGGAGCAAUGGUUGACAAGAACAUUGUGGGGCAUGGAGGAUCUGGCACAGUUUACAGAAUUGAAUUGAAAAGUGGAGACGUUGUUGCUGUGAAGAAACUAUGGAGUAAGACGGCCAAAGAUUCAUUUUCAGAAGAUCAGAUGGUUUUUAACAAAGGAAUGAAGACUGAAGUUGAGACACUUGGAAGCAUAAGGCAUAAGAACAUAGUCAAACUAUAUAGUUACUUCUCAAGUUUUGAUUGUAACCUGUUGGUUUAUGAAUUUAUGCCCAAUGGGAACCUCUGGGAUGCUCUUCACAAAGGAUGGCUCUUUCUUGACUGGCCUACUAGACAUCAGAUUGCCCUUGGGGUGGCUCAAGGCUUGGCUUAUCUUCACCAUGAUUUGAUGCCACCUAUUAUUCACAGAGAUAUCAAGUCAACAAAUAUCCUACUGGAUGCUAAUUAUCAACCCAAAGUUGCAGAUUUUGGAAUAGCCAAGGUUUUGCAAGCAAGAGGGAAAGAUUCUACCAAUACUGUCAUUGCAGGCACCUAUGGUUACUUGGCACCUGAAUAUGCAUAUUCAAAUAAAGCAACAACAAAGUGUGAUGUAUAUAGCUAUGGAGUGGUGUUGAUGGAACUAAUAACUGGUAAAAAACCAGUAGAGUCAGAUUUUGGAGAGAACAAGAACAUUGUUUACUGGGUUUCAACGAAACUGGAAACAAAGGAAGGUGUAAUGGAGGCCUUAGACAAGAGUUUGUCUACUUCAUUUAAGGAUGAAAUGAUUCAGGUUCUAAGAACCGCCAUGCGUUGUACAUGCAAGAACCCAUCCCAACGUCCAACAAUGAACGAGGUUGUUCAACUGUUGAUCGACGCUGACCCAUGCAGAUUAGGUUCUUGCAAGCUGUUAUCAACAAAUAAGACCAAGGAUGCAUCAAAUGUCACAAAAAUAAAGAACCAAACAGAUGUAUGAUCAAGAUCAACGGUGUAUGAUGAAGUUCUUUUAGGUGAAUUAACAUAGGUUCUAUAUAACAGUAGGGUCUCCUAAAGUAUUAUUGAAAGACCAGUGGUAAAUGGUUUGUAGGUUCUCCCUUUCUUUUUUUAUUGUCUUUUUAGUUUUACUUUUAGCUCUUGUAAGAACCUAAGGAGUUUAAUCAGUAUAACUGCUUUAUGAUAACGCAUAGCAUUAGCAUCUGUAUUAAAUCAUUGUAUAGCUUUUGAUAGCUUUGUUUUCCUCUUCUUUUUUUCUUUGGCAUGAGAGUUAUCUAGAGAAAGGAACACUUCAAAAAAGGAAAGCACAGUGUGAAGGGUAGAGGAAGAUGUGAUUUGUAAGAGGCUUUCUUUUUUUACUUAGAAGUGGGUUCUGAUUCUAUUUAUAAGUGUAAUGGUAUAUUAUUCUGACUUAGAUAUGAGUAUAAAAUAUAUAAUAUAUUCAAAAUUUUUAAAGGUUU